GAGCAAAGCAGCAGCAAGAACACAAACAGAGUGAAAAAGCAGAGCACUUUUUGGCAGCGAGAGAUCACACCGAGGAGCGGAGGAGGAGGAGAUGGUGCAGGUUCAAGCGGCGGCGGACGAGGCGGGGCCGGCGAUCCCGCUGCUGAAGCCGUACAAGAUGGGGCGGCUGGAGCUGUCCCACCGGGUGGUGCUCGCGCCGCUGACGCGGUGCCGCUCCUACGGCAACGUGCCGCAGCCGCACGCGGUGCUGUACUACUCGCAGCGGGCGACCAGGGGCGGCCUCCUCAUUGCGGAGGCCACCGACAUCUCCCCCACCGCGCAGGGCUACCCGGAGACCCCCGGCAUCUACACGCGGCAGCAGGUCGAGGCGUGGAAGCCCAUCGUCGACGCCGUCCACCGCAAGGGCGCCCUCUUCUUCUUGCAGAUAUGGCACGUCGGGAGGGUCUCCAACACAGGUUUCCAGCCGAAUGGGCAGGCGCCGAUCUCGAGCACCGACAAGCAGAUCACGCCGGAUGAUUCAGGCAUGGUUUACUCAAAGCCCAGGCGGCUUCGGACGGACGAGAUCCCCCAGAUCGUCGACGACUUCAGGCGAGCCGCGCGGAACGCCAUCGAGGCCGGCUUCGACGGCGUGGAGAUCCACGGCGCGCACGGGUACCUCCUGGAGCAGUUCAUGAAGGACAGCGCCAACGACCGCGCCGACCAGUACGGCGGCAGCCUCGAGAACCGGUGCCGCUUCGCCGUCGAGGUGAUCGACGCCGUCGUCGCCGAGGUGGGGGCGCGCCGCGUGGGGAUCAGGCUGUCGCCGUUCGUGGACUUCAUGGACUGCUUCGACUCCGACCCGGUGGCGCUCGGCACGUACAUGGUGCAGCAGCUCAACAAGCACCCGGGGUUCCUCUACUGCCACAUGGUGGAGCCUCGAAUGGCCAUCGUCGAGGGUCGCAGGAAGAUCACCCAUGGCCUCCUGCCCUUCAGGAAGCUUUUCAAUGGCAGCUUCAUCGCCGCCGGCGGGUAUGACCGGGAGGAAGGGAACAAGGUGGUGGCCGACGGCUAUGCCGAUCUCGUCGCCUACGGGAGGCUCUUCUUGGCCAACCCGGACUUGCCAAGGAGGUUCGAGCUUGGCGCGCCAUUGAACAAGUAUGACAGGUCCACGUUCUACACACAAGAUCCCGUUGUUGGUUACACUGAUUACCCUUUUCUUGAGGAGGAAGACGAGAACCCAACUACGACUGAUGCAUAAUUUUCAGCUGAAAUCAUCCGAUUCGAGCGUUUUUUUAAUUAUUAUUCAUAAUUUAACACUUUUCAUGUGGUUGUUACACGCAUGAUCUUUUUUUUUAUUGUAUACGUAUGUAACUGUGGGGACGAGAUUAAUAAACUUUUAUCGUAUUGAUAUUGUUCAA